UCACAAAGUAAAAAUCAUAUGAUCGAUUAGUGAGUGAAAAUUUCAGACGUCGGGCAGAAGGCACUCAUACUGCAAGCACGGUAGAAUUCCUUCGAAACAAUUGAAUUUUCCUUUCGAUUUUGUGCAAGUGAAAAAAAUCAGUCAAGAUGGCUCUGAGCGAUGCUGAUGUACAAAAACAGAUCAAACAUAUGAUGGCAUUCAUUGAGCAGGAGGCCAAUGAAAAAGCCGAGGAGAUCGAUGCCAAAGCCGAGGAGGAAUUCAAUAUUGAGAAGGGACGUCUCGUCCAACAGCAGCGUCUCAAGAUUAUGGAAUACUACGAAAAGAAGGAGAAACAGGUUGAGCUGCAGAAGAAAAUCCAAUCCUCAAAUAUGCUCAAUCAGGCUCGCUUGAAGGUGCUCAAAGUGCGUGAGGAUCAUGUGGGCAGUGUGCUCGAUGAUGCACGCAAACGUCUGGGAGAAGUCACCAAGAAUGAGGCCGAAUACAAGGAGAUUUUAAGCAAACUUAUUGUCCAAGGCCUGUAUCAGGUGAUGGAACCUAAAGUGAACCUACGCUGCCGUCAAGUCGAUGUACCUCUGGUUCGGGAAGUCCUCCAGACAUCCAUUGAGCAGUACAAGUCCCAAAUGAAGCAGGAUGUUGAACUCUUCGUUGACGAGAGAGAAUUCCUUGGACCGAACACCUGUGGAGGCGUCGAGUUGUUGGCUUUGAACGGACGUAUUAAGGUUCCCAAUACUCUGGAGUCCAGAUUAGAAUUGAUUUCACAGCAACUUGUGCCAGAAAUACGUAACGCCCUGUUCGGUCGCAACGUCAAUCGCAAAUUUACCGAUUAAAUUUGUCUUUAAGUGCAAAAUCAACAACAAUAACACAAAUACAACAAAUAUAAAAACCAACAAGAAAGUUCAAGCUUAUAACAACAAUAGGAAAACCACUAAAUGGAUGAAAAAAAGCCCCAUUUUCUUGAACUAGUUUAACAAAAUUGUGUCUAUUAAUUAUAAUUAUUAUUGCCGUUGUCUUUUUAUAGUGAAACUGAGAGGAAGAAGAAAGAACCCUUGGUCAAAUAUGUAGUAUACGCAUAUGAGUUAAUAAUACCUGUACUUACAUAUUUGCCAACAAAUACUUACAAUAUAUUUUAGAGAAUAUUUCAACAGAUAAAACAAGUUCGAAGUGCAUUCAAAUCCGUCAAGAGUUUGUUAAAGUUUGUUUUUAUGAACUAACCGGCGUUAACAAUAUUAAGCUAAUCAUAAUAACAUUCCUCAAAACAUUUUUGCGAUCCGUUUUUAGUUAUGUCGAUGCGAAUGCAUCUUUGUAAUCUUAUCUUUUGUUUAUACCCAAUUCUCUGUAACUUUUGUUGUAUAUUUUUGUUUUAUUUUCAUUCGAUUAAUGUUUAAUUUUUGUUAUCCUUCACUUAAGAAAUGUUAUUGAAAUAUAUUUAAAAAUCAAAUUAAAUGAAAAUGCAAUGCGCGGUGCAGCGGUGAGGCAAGUGCCACUUGCAAGCUGUACGGACGCAUAAUCAGCAUUAUUAUCCCCGUCCCACCGAAAUUUGAUAGCAAGAAUUUCGCUGGGUCGUCGGUAAUAUGCGUCUGUGCACUUGCAACUGGCACAUUUUCUAGAUACCAAACGAAACAUAUAAUGUCUGUUGUUGGUAAAAAAAAAAAUAUAAGAUAACACAGCUACCAAAUGCACGCGAUAACAGUUAAUGAAGUAUUGCCAAGUGGCCAAGUAGCUAAAUUUGUUCAAGUACAUAUAUAUAUAUAUAAAGCCCUAAUGUUUUACCUGCUUCCAAUUCCAAAUCAUAUAAAACAUAUAUAAAUAUAUAUACAUAUAAUUAAAAAAAAAAUGUAUGAAAAAGGAAAUUAGUAGUAACAAUUUAUGUAGCUGCUGCUGACGCCGCACAUUCGCAGGAUUAAACGCACGUUCAUAAAUGGCUCUUAAAAACAAACACAUUGUAUUUAAAUGUUUGCGUGUUCAUGA